AUGUCUGGUUCAGAUGGUAAUUAUCGUAUGCUUAUACUUUUAGAAGAAAAACUCGAUGACAAUGAAGUAGCAAAUGAAAGUCAAGAUAUGAAAAACGAGGGUAAAGUAACAACAGUUAGAAAAACAAGUCAUGAGUAUUUAGACGAAAUAAAUCUGCCAUUUACUGUGGAUGAAUUAGAUAUAUUGAACGAAUGGUUUGACAAAUUUGAUGAGGAAAUAUGUAUACCUAACGAGGGACAUAUAAAAUACGAAAUAAGCAGUGAUGGACUAAUUAUUUUGAUGUUGGAUAAAGAGAUUGAAAAUGUUUAUCAAAAGAUUUUAAAAUUUGUUGAAAAUCAUCAAGCUUUAUGA